UUUGCAUCAGUGAUAUAUAAGCGUGUAUAACUUUAUCAUUGACGUGUCGCGUAAAAUUCUAAUUUUUCUCUAUAUUCUCCUGUAACGAAUAAGUUAUUUAUUUCAAUAGAAAUUUUCUAGUAGAAGAACGUCUCCAUCAUGACCAAUUUGAAAAACACAAUUGUGGUCCUGAUAUUUUUUGUUAUAGGUGUCUCAAAUGCGCUUUAUUUUCAUAUUGGCGAGACUGAACGAAAAUGUUUCAUUGAAGAAAUCCCAGACGAAACUACAGUCAUAGUCAAUUAUAAGGUUGAGCUUCAUGAUCCUCGCAGCGGCGGGUUCAUGCCCUCGUCUCCUGGUAUCGGAAUGCAUGUGGAAGUAAAGGAUCCGGAUGACAAAACUAUCCUGUCUCGGGUAUACAGCUCUGAGGGUCGCAUAUCCUUCACAUCGCAUACCCCUGGAGAGCACGUAAUCUGUAUGUACUCUAACAGUACAGCUUGGUUUACGGGUUCACAAUUACGUGUCCACCUCGAUAUACAAGUAGGAGAGCAUGCCAUUGAUUAUACGAACGUCGCCCAGAAGGAAAAGUUGACCGAACUACAACUUCGCAUUCGACAGUUGCUCGAUCAAGUAGACCAGAUCACGAAGGAACAAAAUUAUCAAAGGUACCGUGAGGAACGAUUCCGGCAGACCAGUGAAAGCACAAAUACACGGGUGUUGUGGUGGUCCCUGGCUCAAACGUUAGUUCUCGUCGUUAUGGGAUUAUGGCAGAUGAAACAUCUUAAAAGCUUUUUCGAAGCCAAAAAAUUGGUGUAGUGAAACAAAGAGGCGCAAAUGCGCUUUUUGGAAGACGCUUUUUGUCACGUCUUACCUUUAAUUGAUCUUCUGAAAAUAAACAUCUAGAUUGAAAUGAA